AUGGCUCCAGUUAUUCAAAAACCAGCUCCAUCAUUCAAGAAGACCGCCGUUGUUGACGGUGUCUUUGAAGAGGUUUCCUUGGAACAAUACAAGGGCAAAUGGGUCCUCUUGGCUUUUUUCCCAUUGGCCUGGACUUUUGUCUGCCCAACUGAAAUUAUUGCCUACUCUGAGGCAUUCAAGAAGUUUGCCGACAAGGAUGCAGUUGUUUUGUUUGCAUCUACCGACUCUGAGUACACUUUGUUGUCAUGGACCAAUGCUGCCAGAAAAGAUGGUGGUUUGGGACAAUUGAACAUUCCAUUGAUUGCAGACACCAAUCACUCUUUGUCCAAGGACUAUGGCGUCUUGAUUCCAGAAGAAGGUGUUGCCUUGAGAGGUAUCUUUUUGAUUGACCCAAAGGGUGUCUUGAGACAAAUCACCAUCAACGACUUGCCAGUUGGUAGAUCUGUUGAAGAGUCUUUGAGAUUGUUGGAGGCUUUCCAAUUUACCGAGAAAUAUGGUGAAGUUUGCCCAGCCAACUGGCAACCAGGCUCAGAAACCAUUAAGGCUACACCAAAUGACUCUAAAGAGUACUUCUCGAAGGUCAACAAAUAA